AUGGCGUCCGCCAGCACAGGGAGUAGGGUCUCAUGCGGGAGAGAUUUGAGUUGUGUACCUGAGGUGGCGGAUACCCUCGCUGCUGUGGCAAAACUAGGAUUUGACUUUUUGUGCAUGCCCCUGUUCCAUCCUCGGUUCCGAAGAGAGUUUGAGUUGGAACCCGCUAAGGCCCGACCGGGGGCCCAAACACGUUCUGACCUCCUGUUGUGUGGAAGAGACUGGAAUACACUUAUUGUGGGAAAACUGUCACCAUGGAUAGAGACAGACUCAGAGCUAACGAUAGUGCGAAGGAAUUCAGAAGCGGCGCUGGUACAAGAGCUGAAUUUCUGUGCCUAUCUUGGGUUGCCAGCCUUCAUGAUUCCCCUGAAGGGACCUCACUGUGCCAACUUGGCACGAGUGCUGCUCAACCACAUUCACACAGGACACCAUUCCUGCAUGUUUUGGAUCCGGGUUCCUUUGAUGGCUGCUGAAGAUUUGCGUGACGACCUGAUUGAGAAUGAGCCUUGCGUGCAAGUGGAUGAUGGCAGUAAUGAUGAGAAAACCUGGAGCUGGUGGCACUCUUUCAGAACACUUUGUGACUACAACAAAAGGAUAUGCCUGGCCGUUGAAGUCGGUGCGGACAUUCCCUCUGACACGGUGAUUGACAAAUGGAUGGGAGAGCCAAUCAAAGCAGCCAUUCUUCCCACCAGCAUUUUUUUGACCAACAAGAAGGGGUUCCCUGUCCUUUCAAAAGCCCACCAGCGAAUCAUAUUCCGUCUCUUCAAGCUGGAGGCUCAGUUUAUAUUUACUGGAACUAGUCGUCAUAGCGAGAAGGACUUCCGCUCUUAUCUGCAGUACCUCGAGUAUCUGAGUCAGAACCGUCCAGCACCCAAUGCCUAUGACGUCUUUGCCAAGGGCUAUGAAGAUUACCUACAGUCUCCACUACAGCCUCUAAUGGACAAUUUGGAGUCCCAGACGUACGAGGUGUUUGAGAAGGACCCUAUCAAAUAUUCUCAGUACCAACAGGCGGUAUAUAAGUGUCUGCUUGACAGAGUCCCAGACGAACAGAAAGACACCAAUGUACAAGUAUUGAUGGUGCUUGGGGCAGGGCGUGGCCCCUUAGUUAAUGCCUCUCUGCGGGCAGCGAAGCAAGCCGACAGGAAGCUGAGAGUUUAUGCCGUGGAGAAGAAUCCUAAUGCUGUUGUUACGCUAGAGAACUGGCGGUUUGAGGAGUGGGGUGAUCAGGUGACGGUAGUGUCAUGUGACAUGCGGGAGUGGGCUGCUCCAGAGAAGGCUGACAUCAUUGUGAGUGAACUUUUGGGCUCGUUUGGAGACAAUGAACUAUCACCUGAGUGCCUUGACGGAGCCCAGCACUUUCUCAAAGACGAUGGAGUAAGCAUUCCGUGCUCCUACACCUCAUUCCUGGCUCCUCUGUCCUCCUCUAAGCUGUAUAAUGAGGUCAGGGGCUGUCGGGAGCGGGAUAAGGACCCCGAGUGUCAUUUUGAGACCCCUUACGUUGUCAGACUGCAUAACUUUCAUCAACUAGCUGAUCCCAAGCCUUGUUUUACCUUCACACACCCUACCACAGACAUGAACAAUAACAGGUAUCAGUGUCUGCGCUUCUCCGUGGACUGUAACUCGGUGCUUCACGGCUUUGCGGGAUACUUUGAGACCACGCUCUAUGGAGACGUGAUGCUCAGUAUUAGACCAGAAACUCACUCACCUGGAAUGUUCUCCUGGUUCCCCAUCCUCUUUCCUCUCAAACAGCCCAUUCCGUUGUCGCGGGGUGAUAACGUGAGCGUGCGGUUCUGGAGGUGUAAUAAUGGGAAGAAGGUGUGGUAUGAGUGGGCCGUGACUGAACCCGUCUGCUCAGCCAUCCAUAACCCAGCGGGACGAUCCUACACCAUCGGCCUGUGAAACCAGUACAAAAUGCAGUUACACUGAAUUUUUUUUCUGUUUUUUUUUCUUUAAUUUUGUUUUGACAUAAGGUGAGCUUCCAUAGUUUUCAGAAACAUUUUAUACCCUUUCUCUCACCCUCAAUACUGUAUUUGUAAGUUCACUGUAAGGUCAAAUACAGAGACCUAAAUUGAGACUUUGAGUCUUGCUGUUUAGGGUGGUUUACAGGUUGACAGGAAAGCUUUAGACAGAUGGACCCUGGUUCAGAUUUUUUUUUUUUAAUUUGUCCAAGGACAGAGUGUACUUCAGAUUCCCUUUGCCUCACCCACCAAAUUCCUGAUGUGGAGUUUGUGAAUACGACUCCUACAAGUAAUAUUUAAAACUUGUGUGCUGUCUUUCCAAAAGAAAUGGCCUUGUUUGCUGAGCUACAGAGUCAGACACCUCUCUCGGUAAAGAAAACAAAAACAAAGGCCACCCAAGCCAGAAGUCUGGACCCACGGACCGAGGACUUUCAAAAACACCAUGAAAUUACAUCAUCUCUGCAGUUAACAAAUUAAUCUCUGAAACAGAGGAAAUGUUUGAUAUUUUUAUUGUUUUUUUUUUGGUGUAUGUUU